AUGCAUGCUUGACCCUUCCGCACAACCAGAGGGCCUUCGUCCAUGAGCGGCACGUACUUCGACACUAGACAAUAUCAUACAUAUCCCCCAGAUUCUUAUCGGUGUCUCUUUCUGGGGCAUUGCACGGCAGCAGCGAGGCCGAAACUGAAUCAUCAUUACGAACGUGUGCGUGCAUCGGCUGCCGACUCCUCCCGGCCAGGACGCCUCAGGCCCGUGGCCCGCCUUUGUACCCGGCCCGCCUUUGCACCCGUCCUGACCCAACUUCAACCCCCCAACACUACGUCUGUACGUGCGGGAGUGUAGCACCCUCGUCAGGGGGGUGACGGGAAUCUGCCGAGAUGUUCUCUGAAUACGCCUCCAGGUUCCUCGCACAAUCACAGUCACGGCUGUCCAACUUUGGCCAGGGCGACAACGGAGAGAGGUCAUUUCGGCCUACCGACUGGCAGGGCAGAGGGUCUCGGCUCGCCGGGCGGGCAUUCCUGGGGAGGGGCGGUGGGAACCCAUACCAUCAAGGCGGCUCGCGCUUCGGCAGUCUCGCCGCGUUUGGAUCUCGUUAUGCAACAAAUGAUGCGCCGUUGUUCCAAGCCACACUCGAGCAAGAUGACGAGGAUGAGGAGGAGAGAGACCGCGAAGCGGCAGACCUGUUCGCCCUCCAGCGGUCGCGACGUGUCUUCGCUGCGAGCCGGCUGGACGAAAGCACCGAGACAGAGAACGACGAGAGCCGUGCCUCGCUGGAGCGCAGUCGGGAAUACGAGGAGGGUUCGCUAGGGGAGCGUCUCCGAGGGAUUAGGAGCAGCUGGAACGGCAACAGGCGCUACUCUCGGCCGGCUGCGGAACAAGCACACGCGAGCGACGCUAAGAGUACACAUCCGCAGCAAUCAAGAGGCAGUGACGACGGCAGGGGGAUGGAAGAUGUCGCCCUGGAAUCUACGAUGGCCGACAACGAAGUGCCCGAAGACCUCACUGUGGAGGCGCCAACGGAUAGUGAGCCGCCGGCCUUUCAGAAGUUCAAGCACACCACCGGGCCAAGACGACAUCUCCUCAGGAGGGAUUCGACGGCCGACUCAGAACUCGGCAUGCCCCGGCCGCCCAGCUCGCUGGACACCAACGUGAACGGCGGCCCAGCAUCACCAGCCGCGGUCGAUGGCGAGAUCUUCAAGUAUGAUGCCUUCUUUGCCUGGCUCUACUUGAUUGCGCAAGCAUCCCUCUUCUCCACGUUCGUGCUGGUCCUCCUGCACACCGAACGGGGAGAUGGCCCGCUCGGGGACACCAUCUACACCACACUGCGGUCAUCCUUCCACCUCCUAGCCGUGGACACGCUGGUGUCGAUCGUCGUCUCGCUCGUCUGGCUUGCGGCGUUGCGAUCGUUCGUCAAACCCCUCGUGUCGCUGGUCUUGGUCGGGGUUCCCGUGGUUCUGAUCUCCUUCUCCCUGUACGCAUUCGUCUCCAGCUACCAGGCGACCGGUGGCAGUACCCGUCUCCAGGACACGGUCAUGCGAUGGGCGUCAUCGAUUCCUGCGGUCUCUGCCGUGGUCUGGCUGUAUCUGGUCUACAGGGGACGGCACGCGCUGAAGUCGGCCGUCGGCAUCCUGGAGUUUUCGAGCCGGAUUCUGGCUGCCAACUCAGCUCUUGUCCUCGUCGGCAUGGGCUGCCUGGCCGUCGUGGUCGUGUGGACGUGGGUCUGGCUGCUCAUGUUCACCCGGGUCUUCCUGGGAGGGAGCUUCUCCAGCAGGCUUGCGAGGUUCAUCAUCAGCGCGUCCAGCUGGUGGCUCGGCGUGUACUUCAUCCUCAUGUACAUGUGGACGCUCUCCAUCAUCUCGGGCGUGCAGCGGAGCACCACGGCGGCGACGGUAUCGCAGUGGUACUUCCACCGGAACGCGGUCCCGGCUCCGUCGUCCAGGGAAGUUGUGUCGGCUGCUCUGGGCCACGCACUAACGACCGUCUUCGGCACCAUCUGCCUGUCGACGCUGUUGGCGCUUGCCAUCCGGCUGCCCCUGCUCGUGCUGCCGCGGCGGCUGGCCAACAUUCUCAGCCUACUCGUCUACUCGUUCAUCCCGACGCCAAUCGCCGCCCUCACAAACCCCCUGACCCUGACGUACGCCGCUAUCCACUCGCAGACGCUGGCCAUGUCGUCCAAGGGCAUCAGCCAGAUGGACUUCCUGUCGCCGCAGCGACCCACCACGACGCUCACGCCGGCGGCGCUGCCCAAGCACAACGGGUCCUCGCCGCUGCUGCCGUACCGGCUCGCCAAGCUGAUCUUGCACGCGACGCGUUUCAUCAUGGCUACCGCGCUCGGUUUCGCGGGCUGGGUCAUGACGGCGCGGCAGCUCCGGAUCGACCGGCCGGACGGCAUGGGGGUGCGCGGAAGCGCGUACGCGUACGUGGUGGGGGUGGUUGCCAGCUUCAUCGGCUGGGGCAUCCUGGGCGCGAUGGAGGGCAUCCUGAGUGGCAUCGUGGACGCCGUGGUCAUCUGCUACGGGAGCGAGAAGCGCAUGGCCACGGGCGUCGGCGGAUACUGCAUGGAGGCGGCGUAUCUCUUUGGGGACAGGGGGCAGGAGCGCACUAGGGAGGAGGUCUACUGAUUGGCCUU